AUGGAAGUUCUCGAUUUACUACUUAAAAAGGGGGCCGACCCGAAUGCAUUGUAUCGGGACCGAGCAGGCAAGCUCCAUUGGUCAACACACCUUGCUCUUCGCCUAAAACCAAGGGUGGAGGCCGAUCACCCUGUCGCCAAACUCAUUGCCGCUGGAGCGGACCUCAACUCAAAGGCAGUCCAGACCCUGGAAAGUAUAUUAAGUCGAGAGGAAGCAAGAAGCUUUCAUGAAGAUCUCUGCAAGUCUCUUGAAGCUCGUUCAGUGGAAGACGACCAAAACAUUCGAUGGCUGAAGGCACUGUUACAAUCUAAGGAUUCUAAGUUCUCGCCAACGUGGCAGAGCGAGCCCCUAUGGCAGAGUCAACUCUCCAUGGGUGAAUUGACAACUCUGUUUCGUAGCUCAAUCCGCUACGAUCAAACAGAAGUUAUUCAGAGAUACCUGGAAAGUACGAAAUUGACGACAACUUUACGAAUGGGGACAAUGAACGAAAUUGCUCUGCACGUUGCCGCUCAAAACUGUUCCAUCAAUGCGCUAGAGCUUUUACUGUCAUUAGGGGCGGAGGUUAACGCUGUCUCAAAGCAUGGUCUUACGCCUUUGCAUUACAUCGUUGCCCGGGAAGAGCCCCCAAGCACUACCUCGGCUUGCAUACUCAAAUUGCUUGACCGCGGUGCUUCAAUCUAUAGCGCCGAUGAAAAAGGGCGGACUGUCUGGCAUGUCGCUGCUGAGUAUAACAAUGAUGUAGCUCUGGACGUGCUGCUGUUACAGACUAAGAAUAUGGCUUCAGCCCUCUUGCUUAAAGACCAGGCUGGGUUCAUUCCCGUGUACACUGCAGGCCGCAAGAAGUCUAAGGAAGUCUUUGAAAAGCUUGUCGCAAAUACCGCUGAUAUCCCGGAAAGUUGUCCCGACGGGUUUGGUCUGGUCCACUAUGGUGUUCGCUUCAAUGAUCUGGCAUUAUUGAAGACUUUGCAGGAACGAGGAUGUAUGCUUGAGCAGGAAACCGCAAUUGGUGGUACUGCUCUGCAUGAUCUCCCUCCUGGUCCCGAGCUAGCUGUUGUUCAAUUCCUCGUUGACACUGGUUUGGACCCUGAAUCUGUCACACACCAAGGGCUGACUCCUUUACAUCACCUUCUCGAACACGGGCUCCCAAUUUCUCGAGAAGUACUCAAAGUACUUGCCACGCAACAUGUAAUCAAUUUGACGACCAAAGAUGGGUUCGGUGUGUUGCAUUUCGCGAUCGGCGUAACAAGGUCUUCCAAAGCAGGCAUUCGUUACGACCAACGGAUGCAAUCAGUUCAAGAGCUGGUGGCCGAAGGCGCUGAUCUCGAUGCCGUCGACAUUGAAGGAAGGUCUUGUCUCCAUACACUUCUUGAAGCGCAUCAUCGGUUGAUAAGCUCGCCUGCACCAUGUUUAACCGAUCUCAUUUGCUAUUUUUUUCGAAACAGCAAGCAGAAAGACUUGUUGAGGACACCAUUCAGCUAUGGAGAAGAGCUUUUACUGCCUCUUUUAUGGGCAUGUAUGUACAGCGUCGAUGAGAUCAUCGAGUUGUGUAUAGCAAACGAUGUCGAUGUAGAUCUGACGCCCGCAACAUCUGGGCUAUCUCCCAUUGCCUACGCUUGUGCGUGCAACUGUGACACCGCACUUUUCCGCCAACUCCUUGCCAAGUCUAAAUACUUGCACGAGGCCGACGCUAACGGGUAUUAUCUGCUCCAUAUCGCUUGUUUUCAAAGUUCAAGUUGCAGCCGCUCUCUCUUAGAGGAAAUAUGUAAUGCCGGCUUGGAUAUCGAUCUCGUAGCGACCAAUAAGUCACGAGAAACACCAUUGAUGCUUUCUGCAAGAAACCAAAAAUUCCAGCAUUUCGAGUUUCUUCUCCAACACGGAGCCCAGCUGCAUGCAAAGGACUCUAAAGGCUGGGGAGCAUUGCAUCAUGCUGCGGUUAAUGGGUGGUCUGAAAUCUUUGAGGAGCCCAAACUAGUUCGUGUUGAUUGGGAACAUGUUGUCGAAAUAGAAGGUACCAUAUGGCGAGGUUGCAAUGUGCUUCAUCUAGCCGCCUUUCUCGGAAAAGCUCGUGUUGUUCGGGCUCUAUUAGAGGACCACUCAGUACCGAGCGUUAAUUGCAUCAACGACAACGGAGCGCAAUCACUCUUCCUCGCUGCGAUCCAUGGAGAUCCUGAGACUAUCAAGACGCUACUCCUAGCGGGCGCCGAUAUCGACGCCGACUUUGCGGGCUAUGGCGGCGCUAUCUUCGCUGCUGCAGAAUGUGGAAAGCUUGAAGCUGCACAGAUACUUCUUCAACACAAGUGUUCACUAAUUCCGAACUCACAUGGCUUGAGCCCACAAUUUGCUGCGUUGGAAAAUGGCCAUCGAACCUUGGCUGGUGUACUCCGAGAUGCCGAAUUGAAAGAGAGAACGUGCCGUCAAUCAGAGGAGAAGCUCAGUCAAGGUGCCAUGUUAGGAUCUAUUGGAUCAAGAGCUCUGGGACUCGCAAUCAAGGCUAAUGAUAUACAACUCUGUCGAGCCCUACUCGAAGAUGGCUUGAAUCUACAUGCCGAAAUUCCUGAAACACCAGAUAGACCUACGCCAAUACUGGCGGCCUUAGCACUUAAUAAAGAUGAGAUCGCUAAGUUUCUCAUUGAGCAAGGCGCGGGCUCUUCAGGACAAAAUUUUCUGCACUCUGGUCCGCUCUAUGGCUACACGGCCAUUCAUCUUGCCAGUCGCAGAGAACAACAUCAAGACAUUCUACGGCAGCUUCUCUCCAAACAAGAAAAAGCUCUCCAAGGUCUCGAUGAUUUCAAAAAUGCGAUACAUCCUUUUCAUGUCGCCGUAGCAUGUAAGAACCAAGCCGGCCUCAAGCUUUUACUGGAGCACUUUUGCGGUCAGCCUAGCCUAGAAACGCACACAUCGAUAUCAGAUUUUAUCGAAAUUCAAAUUGACAAGCACCGCGCAGUACAAAGUUCUCUACUUUCUGGAGAAGGGGUCUACCAGAGCCAACACCUAACGACUCGCGACGUUCCAACAGGUACAGCACUUCACGUGGCCGCCCGAGUGAACAAUCUUCCGGCACAGAAAUUACUACUGUCUUACGGAGUCGACAUCAAUUCAAGAGAUAGUGAUCUAAGAACCCCUCUACACAUCGCUGCUCUUUGCAAGAACACAGCCUCCGUCGACUUUCUACUUCGAAAGGGCGCGAACCCACAUUAUCAAAACCGAUCUAUGUGUACUGCCGCAAUAUUGGCAGCGAAAACCGGCUGCGCAAGGACACUGAAGUGCUUCCAUCGAAAAAACGCCAUUAUAUCCAAGCGCUCAUCCGAAGGAUUCACCAUCAUGCAUCAUGCUGCUUAUGGAUCACCAAGCGCUUUCUCCUUCCUUCUUGGCUUAGGCUACAACCCUUAUGACCCUGCACGAGACAGCCGAACUCCAGUUGGGGUCGCCUGUCAAAGUAUGCAUAUCCACCCUACAUUUCCAGCGUUGAUUUGUAACUUUGGUCUCGAUUUCAGUGCCGAAAGGAGUAAUUUUCCCCUCCCAGACUUGACCGAUGCCAAUCUGCCUACUCUGAAAAUGUUCCUGAGGCGGAUGACAAAAACAGCAGCAAGCCGCAUAAUCAGUGCACAGCCGAGUGAGGAUAGUCUCGUUUGCAUAGCAGUGCAAAAUGCGGCCUAUUCGAUGACUGAAUUCCUAGUUCAACACGGUGCGCAUCUUGAAGCUGAGGGUAGACGCCAGCAAGGCACAGCUUUAAUCAUAGCAUGCGAAGCCAGCCGGCUACCGCAUGUGAAGCUGCUCAUCCGAUCGGGAGCGAAGAUCUUCGGUACGAAACAGGGAGAACCCAUUAGUGCCGUGUAUUCAGCUCGCCACUUUCCAGAGAUCGUUCAGUGGUUGCUGGUUGGGCGGUACGUGGAGCAGAAACAACUAAGUUCAGGCCAAGAUGGUGUGGAGGAAUACCAAGCUAAUACACGGGCGGAUAUACGUGACAAUAGAGCUCCGGACGAAGCUCCAAUGCACAGCUCCUCGGCGGCUGUCUCGGCGGUGCUUUCAUUGCGUUUACCAACGUAUUUCUUCGCGACGACCGUCUACCGACUAGAUGGAUCGCCGGAGCUUAUCCAAUUGCCGAAUGGUCUGUCUUGGAUCUUCUUCGCCAUACCAUUCGCCAGUCUCUUGUGCCAGGAUCUCGCCUUCUCACAUGCGAUUUUGCUGGAUCGACGACCGGAGCCGCUGUUUCCUCGCUGGCUCGAUUUCGUGACAUCGGGCUUGACGCUUACGUUUUGA